ACAGUGCUGCACCAAUGCGUUACGAGAUGAACUGGCUGCACCGUUACACAUUUAAAAGAAGUAUAUACUUUAAGUUGGCUCUUUUGCAGUCGCACAAUUAUUAUCACCCUCUUCAAAAAAAAAGUGUUGAAAACGGUUGACACUUUUAAAUCUCUAGCACCCUCUAUAGUCCACAUACUCAAAAGAUGGACAUGUCAGUGCAUGAGAGAGUGACAUAUGGAUGUCAUGUAAGUAAGAGCAUUAUCCGAGGUAAAAAUUAAUUAUGAAAUAAGCAAGUAAUAUAGCACAAGUGGUGGUGAUUCUGCACAAUUCAUACUUUUACUUUGUUCAUAAUACUUAGUACUUUUACUUCAGUGAAAUUCAGGACCUUUUAACUUUUAUUUAAUUUUAAAUUUGUAUUAAUUAUUCAUAAUAAUUAUAAUUUGAUUAUUUUAUGUAAGUAAAGAAAUUCAGAAUACGACUUCAUCCCAUGUGCUAAGGGCACGUGAUCCAUGAAAUCAGAUAAGUAGCAGUUCUCCCUCCUUAUCAUCGAUUGGUGGCAGAACUUAAAAAUAAAUACCCAUGAAGAAAAACAGAGAUAAAAACCUCCAACUAUAUUGCACCAUUAAAAAUGUAAGAAUAAAAGAAACAUUCGAACAAUAGCAGUGUUGUGAUUCAGAUUAAUGCGCAAAGAACAGACGUCAUCGCAACUUGCAGCUCUACGAGCCAAGAUGGUACACAAAAACACAGUAGACAGCGUCAGACUUUAAAAGGUCAAAUGCAAAUGAGCUGCCCCCUGUGAAACUUUAUAGAGGAACUGUAAAAGUCCAAAACAUUUCAACUUACAGUUACAUUCUUUCAAUGCAGUUUGAAAACAGUUUCUAGUCCUUUUGUUUAACGAUAAAAGGCAGAGCAAAGCAUUGACGCAAGUUAGUGCUCAGGUUUGCAACCCGGGUCCCACAUGCUCUAACUGUAUACGGUAUUGUUUGUCCGAAAUACACCAGCCUAGUAAUUUGGAUUCACAGUCAUCAAAACUACAAUCACGAUCCUGUUGUACAUUGUAAUUUACCGUAUUGCCGUGUAAUGUAAUAUAUAAUCUAUCACUACCCUUGAACUUUGAGCCCAGGCCCAUGUAAUGAAGUUUAAUUGUUGCUGUAAACGCAGAAGCAGGUGCAUAGAUAACAUGAGACCAUAUUAAACUCCUGUUCUGUGGUUCAAUGAACGUUGCCAGCAACGCAUCUACUAACGCUGAGAAUGAUUCAUUAUUUGUGAUUUACUCGUCCACAAUUUUUUUUCACCCUCUUAAUUUAUUGCAAAUGUUCCACCUGUUAAAGAAACCUUUAAAAAAAAAAAAACAGAUUGAUAAACUUAAAAAACUCCAUGUCACCUAAGCCAGCUUCAAUUCACUUGAUAUUCCAGAAAUCUAUUAUUUUAAAGAAAAGUAUUAAACCAUGAUUUAAAGGUAUUUGGUUGACCUCCCAAGAGUAGUCAUGCCUUCUUAAACCCCCACUUCACUCCUGCCCCCUCCCAACAAUGCCUCUGCCUGUGACAAACUCCCCUCGCACCCUCCUCAGUCCGAUCACAGCGCCACAGGGGAGCCAAACAGACGAAGGACGGCUCUCCCAACCAUGAGGGUGUUUGUCUACUUCGAGGGCUCCUGCGAGCCUUUGGACAUCCCUUCAGAUCAGACUGUGGGGGCCCUGAAGCAUCUGGUGAAGGAAACCUUCCUUGUGCAACUCUCUGAUGACGAGCAGGUCCGGCACUACCUGGAGCUGAGCUACGGUGGUGCCGCUCUGCAGGACAGCUGGACUCUGAGUGACCUGACAGUCACGAGUGGCAGUGCCAUCCGGUGCCUGAUAAAGCGUGAGCGAAGGCCUGUGAUACACGUUUUCAACGCUGUGACGGGAGAAACCUUUCCAGUCGUAGGAAGUGAGGCUAUUCUGCACAUGUCCGUUGCUGGAUUAAAAACAAUGGUGUCCGUGAAGAGUGGCCUCCCUGUCAGCACCUUCAGACUGAGCAGACCUAAAGACGUGCAACUCUACGACUGCAACCAACUGCAGGACUAUGCUAUUGAACUGGGCACUACUCUACGGUUGGACACAUGGGAUGGGUGGGUGGAGUUCCUCCGAGGCUGCCUCCUGGGCCAGAGAUUGACAGUUCAGAGCCACCUAUCAGAGGAGAGGACUGUGAUGAGGUUUCAGCUGCGUGUGGCGCUGUACAUCGCUGCCUCUUUGGGUCACCUGGAUCUGGCAGGCUGGCUGCUGGAAAAGAGGGUGCAUGCUGAGGAACCAGUGGGUGUCCAUCCUUACCGCCAGUGGUGCCACCAGACUGCCCACCGAGAUGCCAUAAAGUGUCCAAUCCAUGCAGCAGUAGAGAGCAGUCAGCUCCAAAUACUCAAACUCUUCAUCGCCAAAAACCUUUUGGCCUUGGCUUGUCGGGACCCUGUUGGUCGUGACCCUUUAAAAAUCGCCAUUCAGCAUGGGCACAGGGAUUGUGUGCGCUACUUAGCCAACAAGAUUUGCUCAGUUAUAUCACUGCCAAAUAUGUCCCUACCCAUGCGUGUAUACCUCCAGAUGAAAUACUGGGUGAGAGUGGGGCAGAAAAGGGCAGCCUCCAAACUACUCCUGUCCACCAGUGCUGCAGUCAAAGACAGGGUGGGAGGUAUGUUGCUGGUAGAUGGCUUCAACCAGCCACAGAUGUCCUCCAAAUCCAGGAAAGCUGAGACCAAACUAAAAAGAGGAAUCAGAGCCAAAGCUCUGCGACACUUACCACCCAUCAGCAAAUCAGUUAACCCUGGUGACCUUGAAGAGACACAGAAAAGGUGGAAGCAGGAUGUAAAACACAUGGAUGGUGGCCCAGAGAUGGGAGACAGCAUUCUUUUCAGGGGCAGGUCUACACUCCCACCAGUUACUAGAGGAAGAACUUCCAAGCCGGAGUGUGCCGGCCCAUCACUAAAAUCUUCCAAUAAUGUGCCUGCAUCUCUGGAGUCCUUCUCUCAGCACUGUGGCCGAACACCAAGAGAAAAUGCCAUCUACUUCCUGAGUAUAGCCAGUUCCUUCACAGAAAAACCUUGGUCGAAGCAGCUGAACAUUGCACGAUCUUUGGUCAGGAAGCCCGUCCAGGUCAUGUCGUGAUGAUAUUCAUGGAUGCCGUCAGUACACUUACUCACAAGUCGUAUCCAGAUCCACCAACCAUCAGCCUGACUGCAUGUGGCUCUCCCAUCAGCUGCCUGCAACACUACUCUGGACAUGAGGAAUCGUUCUGUGUGACAGCUGAGAUCUCUAUCUCAGGCUUAGUGUGUCAUUAGGAAUUAAAUCUGUCUGUGUUUAUGUGCUUUGCCAAAUCUCUGCCUUUCUUUGCUAUUUGCAGAAAAAGGAAAGGUUUCAGAUACAUAUCGUGGAUAUAGACAUGUGCAUAUUUAACUGACUUACAAUUAAAUGAAACGUGAUUGACAUUUUGUGUGGGACAAAAGUCCAAGCAAGGUCUGACCACCUUGGCUGAAAUGACUUGCUUAAGUUGAAAAUCAAGGCUUAAACCACUAAUAUAUUGUAUGUUAUCUUUUACAUAUACAUUCAAUAAUAUGUUGAUAAAAUAUUGACCAUCUUCCUCAUGUACAAUUGUCUGCCUCCCCCCAUUAUAUAUGGCAUCUCCCUUUAUUCCUGAUCUUCCCAUCACAUCAUUCAAUAACCAUCUGUUUUACUUUUCCUGUUUUUUAUUUCAUCUUUAAUUAUAUGUGAUUUGUUUUUCAAAUUUCUCUGAUGUGUCUUAAGCGAAAUACAUUGUUAUGCUUAAUUCGCAGGCUGACUUUAAUGUUUGUUAUUUGGCCGUUGAUUACCUCAUUCAUUCAAGAGUAAUUCAUUGCAGUUGUGCAAGUGAACAUAAACAUAGGACAGAGAAUCGAGUGAUGGUUUAUUCGUAGAAUUCAUGUUUGGAGAAGACUGCUUCAAAUGAGCUUUCCUCCCACAUCUAAUUUCUCUCAUGGAUUCAGCGAACCUCACUUGAAACUAAAAUCACACUUGGUUCGAGGACGGAUGGUGAGGAAGCUCAGGAUCACAUCACCUGUAGGACAAAGGUAGUCGUAGAC